UUUUUGAAAUAUAAAGCCUCAAAUUAAUGGGCCUUACUUACGGCCCAUACUCAACAUGUGUUAUUUUCUUCCGAUGUAAAAUAAAAAGAACAGAGUCUCCAGUUUCUGCCGGCAACGGGAUAAAGUCGUCUGACAAUGGAUGAUUUGUCAGCUUACUACACUCACUACAGUCUCCCGUCGAUUAUUCCUCCUCCGCUGCCGCCGGGAGUAGCUCCGAUUCCAGUUACUCCAAUACAUCCGGUAUACUUACCCACGCAGUCCUCAACCGGAGAUGUUCGAACGCUUUUCGUCGCCGGACUUCCGGAAGACGUCAAGCCUCGGGAGAUCUACAAUCUAUUCCGUGAGUUCCCAGGAUACGAAACUUCGCAUCUCCGAAUCUCUGGUGGAUCCAAGCCCUUCGCGUUUGCUGUGUUCUCGGAUCUCCAAUCAGCUGUAGCGGUGAUGCAUGCUCUCAAUGGAAUGGUGUUUGAUCUCGAGAAGCAUUCUACUCUUUACAUUGAUCUUGCUAAAUCAAACCCUAAAUCUAAGCGAUCAAGACCAGAUGAUGACAGGGAGAGCUUGAAAAAGACCAAGCCCUGGAGCAACACUGCCCAGUCCGCAGGUUUUGGCAGCUUUCACACUCCUGGAAUGAGUAGUUCUGCUCACAACACUAUUGGUUUUUCACCUGCACAAAGUCAAGGAGUUGCUAAUGUUGCUGGGAGGGCAAUGAGUACCCCAAAAUCUAAUAAUGCUGCAGAACCUUGCCCAACACUUUUUAUAGCAAACUUGGGACCCAAUUGUACUGAAUCUGAGUUAGUUCAAGUUUUUUCGAGAUGCCGUGGAUUCUUGAAGCUGAAGAUUCAAGGCACGUAUGGGACUCAUGUUGCAUUCGUUGAUUUCCAGGAUGUCAGCUGCUCAAGUGAAGCACUACAUGCUCUUCAAGGAACAGUGCUUUACUCAUCCCUCACUGGUGAGGGAUUGAGGCUACAUACCAGAUAUGCGAGAUCACGGAUGGGAAUGCGCAAGAAGAUUAGUUAAUGUCUAAAAUAGAAUGUCAUGCCAAAACAGCAUAGAUACUCAACUUUGCUAUAUGCACGUAUUGCUUACAGUUCUCAGAUGUAUUAUUUAUCAGAAAUGUAAGGAUCAUAUUGGAGAUAAACUUUUAUGCAAAAAUACAUUGAAAUGAUUAGAAUCAAGAGAU